GCCCGCCCGCGCGCCCGCGCUCCCCGCCUGCGCCCCGCGCCCUGCGCCAGCGCCCAGUCCUCGCGCGGUCAUGCUGCCCCUCUGCCUCGUGGCCGCCCUGCUGCUGGCCGCCGGGCCCGGGCCGAGCCUGGGCGACGAAGCCAUCCACUGCCCGCCCUGCUCCGAGGAGAAGCUGGCGCGCUGCCGCCCCCCCGUGGGCUGCGAGGAGCUGGUGCGAGAGCCCGGCUGCGGCUGUUGCGCCACUUGUGCCCUGGGCUUGGGGAUGCCCUGCGGGGUGUACACCCCCCGCUGCGGCUCGGGCCUGCGCUGCUACCCGCCCCGGGGGGUGGAGAAGCCCCUGCACACACUGAUGCACGGGCAAGGCGUGUGCAUGGAGCUGGCGGAGAUCGAGGCCAUCCAGGAAAGCCUGCAGCCCUCUGACAAGGAUGAGGGCGACCACCCCAACAACAGCUUCAGCCCCUGCAGUGCCCAUGACCGCAGGUGCCUGCAGAAACACUUCGCCAAAAUUCGAGACCGGAGCACCAGUGGGGGCAAGAUGAAGGUCAAUGGGGCACCCCGGGAGGAUGCCCGGCCUGUGCCCCAGGGCUCCUGCCAGAGCGAGCUGCACCGGGCCCUGGAGCGGCUGGCCGCUUCACAGAGCCGCACCCACGAGGACCUCUACAUCAUUCCCAUCCCCAACUGCGACCGCAACGGCAACUUCCACCCCAAGCAGUGUCACCCAGCUCUGGAUGGGCAGCGUGGCAAGUGCUGGUGUGUGGACCGGAAGACGGGGGUGAAGCUUCCGGGGGGCCUGGAGCCGAAGGGGGAGCUGGACUGCCACCAGCUGGCUGACAGCUUUCGAGAGUGAGGCCUGCCAGCAGGCCAGGGGCUCAGCGUCCCCUGCUACUCCCGUGCUCUGGAGGCUGCAGAGCUGACCCAGAGUGGAGUCUGAGUCUGAGUCCUGUCUCUGCCUGCAGCCCAGAAGUUUCCCUCAAGUGCACGUGUGCAUGUGUGCGUGUGUGUGCGUGUGUGUGUGUUUGUGAGCAUGGGUGUGCCCUUGGGGUAAGCCAGAGCCUGGGGUGUUCUCUUUGGUAUUACACAGCCCAAGAGGACUGAGAGUGGCACUUUGCCCAAGAGGUCUGAGCCCUGGUGUGUUUCCAGAUCGAUCCUGGAUUCACUCACUCACUCAUUCCUUCAUUCAUCCAGCCACCUAAAACCAUUUACUGACCACAUACUACAUGCCAGCUCCAGUUUUCAGCCUUGGGAGGUUUUAUUCUGACUUCCUCUGAUUUUGGCAUGUGGAGACACUCCUAUAAGGAGAGCUCAAGCCUGUGGGAGAAGAAAAAUCUCAUUCCCAGGGUCAGAGGAGAAGACACAUGUACCUUGACCAUCGUCCCUCCUCUCAAGCUAGUCAGAGGGUGGGAGCCUAAGGAAGCAUGGGGUAGCAGAUGGUGUAAUGGUCACGAGGUCUAGACCCACUCCCAAAGCUCGGACUUGCCAGGCUCCCUUUCUCUUCUUCCCCAGGUCCUUCCUUUAGGUCUGGUUGUUGCACCAUCUGCUUGGUUGGCUGGCAGCUGAGAGCCCUGCUGUGGGGGAGGGAAGGGGUCAAACUUGAAGCACAGAGGGCUAGGGAGGUGGGGUGCAUUUCUUUGAGCAGUCAGGGUGGGAAGA